GAUUAUUUUUUUAAUUAUUAGGUGUAUAACUUUGCUUCCGCCGUUUUCCUAUAGAUGGCUUUAGCGGUAAGUGGUGAUCGAAAUAAAUAGAUCAUAGACAUCACAAUAGACAUACAAUAAGGUAUACAAUAGAUAAUUGCAAUUGACAUUCAUGCAUGUUAUAAUUAGGAUUAAAUUAACUAAUAUUAAUUGACUUGCUUAAUGAUUCUCUCUCUCAGACGUUGCGCAAAGAUUAGAGUAAAUUUAAUAGAAAAUUAAUAUAAAGUAAAAAAGUUUCAAAAAAUCAAUAGCAAAAAAUCGAUAGCAAUAUAUCGAACUUCGAGUGCGCGCGCGCGAGCUUCGAUUUCUCGAAAUCUCCCAAAGCUACAUUCAGCUGUCAGGACUCAGCAGUCAGCUUUAUUUGUAAUCUGUUUUGUAACUGUAUUUCUAAUUUUUACUACAAUUUUUCCUUCGACAUAAAAUAAUUAUUUUUAAGAGUUUUUAAAUACUCAAAUAAGAAUAGGAAUACAGAAAAGAUUUUAUAGACAUUAUCUAUGCUGAAUAUUCUUUUAGUAGUGAACGCCACGAAGUGUCUGCCACAGGUUAUGUCAUUGCGCGAAAGGUAGUCGGAAAAUCGAAAAUUCCAAGAUGAAGAAUGAUCAAGAAGAGAUAGACUUGUAUCGAGACACAUAUGUAAGAUAUUUAGGUUAUGCAAAUGAAGUUGGAGAAGCAUUUAGAAGCCUCGUGCCUAAGUCCAUUGUAUGGUCCAGUUAUGCAUUAUCGAGUGGAUAUGUUCUCGCAGAUACGAUACAUAAGGGUGCAAAAGUUUACCAAGAGGAUGCUACUCCACAAAAACUCAAAAACGUUCUAUUAUCUACGUCAGACACUUUGCUAUGGCAGGCAUUCGCGUCAGUGAUAGUUCCUGGUUUCACCAUAAAUAGAAUUUGUGCGGCAAUUCAGUUCGCACAAAGAAAAAGUACAAGAAUAGUUUGGAAGAAGCCUUGGAUCUCUACACUUAUUGGUUUGAUAUCUAUUCCUUUCAUAAUACAUCCUAUUGAUCAUGCUGUGGAGGGAGCAAUGGAUGUUACUUAUAGGAAAUGGACAGGAUACCAUCCAAAAGGGCCUCUAUGUGGAAACAACGUGUCGACACGAAAGAAGUUUAUCGUCAUGAUAUAAGAGAAUAUUUAGUCAAGGUUCCGCGAAGUGAAGAAAUGAUUUCGCAAGUUAUGCAUGGCGAAAGGUUCUACGCGGCUUCCACGGCGGUUAAUAAUGGCGCGAUGUAGGGUAACACCCGUUUCAUGAAAAUGUAUCAUGCAAAAAAUAAUACCACAUCAUAGCGGCGUCAUAAUUAUACGCAAGCAGCGCCGAUUACGAGAUUAUUAUCUGCUCGUACCACACAAUUUCUCUCGCUAUCGCGGUUAAAUCUGAGGUCCGCGCUCACGAUAAAUGCGAUUGUAAUCGAUAUACAUUUUUUAACAGCGAUUAGAGCGAGUUCCGUAUUAAGACAUCAAUGGCACCGACUAAGUGUUUUCCCUAGAGUAAUUUACGAUUGUAGAUAACGCCAUGAAUUUUCCGCAAAGAAUAAAUGACGCAAAAUACAUUGACACGUAUCCAUUCCGCGAAAUUGAAUUU